AUGUCGACAGAGAAGGAUUGGCAAACUUCAAAGAACUCCAUAAAGACAAGAUGUGCCUUCGUUUUUAACAACGAGUUACUGAGUGAUGUUAACUUCGUUGUUCGAGCUUCCAGUGGCGAGGACAACAAGAUCGUUCCAGCUCAUAAGUUUGUCCUCUCAAUUAGCAGCCCGGUAUUCUUUGCCAUGUUUCACGGGAAAAUGGCGGAGACAUCAAGCCUCAUUCAUCUGCCUGACUGUGAUUAUGAUGAUUUGCUGGAGUUCUUUCGUUACCUCUACACUGACGAUAUCAACCUCAGUGGAGCUAACGUAUUACAGGUGCUUUAUCUAGCAAACAAAUACAUUGUUCCUUCGCUGGCUGAGAAAUGUACCGAUUUUCUGCGGACCAAUUUGGACGCACCGAACGUGUUUUGCAUACUUCCCCUCGCACAGCAUUUUGGUGAGGAGGGCCUCGUGAAGCGUUGCUGGGAAGUGAUCGACAAGAGGACAGAGGAGGCGGUGAAAGCAGACGAGUUUGUUGAACUGGAUAGGUGUCUUGUCGAGACAGUUGUGAAUCGAGAAUCGCUAUGCGUGAAGGAGAUAGAAUUAUAUUCAAAGCUAUUGAUCGUUGGGCUUCAAGAAAAUUCGAGAAACAAGGUCAAUCAGAGCAUACAAGUAGCAAGAGUAAAAGACAAAUUUUAG